CAUGUGUGUAUGAAUUUUGAGGUGUUGGUUAUCUUUGAUUAAAAUGAGCAGUAUUCAAAUUGCUGCAAUUAAUCAUGGGAUUAACGUCCCAAAAGUAUCUCAGUUGAGACACAGUUUUCAUUGUGGACCAUGUUUACUGCCUAUGCGUUUUGACCCUCUCUUUGUGAGUUCUCUGAGCCUGAGAACUGAACAUUCUUCUCGGCAAUCUCUCCAUGUUUGUUUCGCCGGUGGACAGGGAAUGAUGGAAAAUAAUGGGGAUUUCCAGAGGAAAUCUCUUCAGGAAGCUAUGGGACAAUUGAAGGGACAGUCAUUAGAGGAUAUGUUGCGAGAGCAAAUGCAAAAGGGAGGAAGUGGGGGCAGUCCUCCAGGAGGACGAGGUGGCAGUGGUGGUGGGGGAAGCUCCAGUGGGUCAGAUGGGAUGUCAAACGAAUCUCUUCAAAUUGUUUUAGCAACAGCUAGCUUUAUAUUGAUGGUAAACUCUCUCUCUCUCUCUCUCUCUCUCGUUACAUGAAUUAUGUGUACUGUGUAUGCACAAGUGAUUCUCCAUCCACUUACUCAUGAGUCUCAAGAUUUCUUUGCUGUGUGAGAAAUGAAGGAAAAGCUUGAAUUGAUGUUGCUAAGCUAACAAUGUAUUGAAGUGUGUGAGAUUCUGUUACUUAAUGAAAAAUGAAUCUAUAUAUAACUUGCAUUACAAUAAACAACUAGUACCAAGAACACUUUUUGAAGUAUUUAGAAUGCAUGAGGUCGUUGAGCUAUAUGCUA